AUGUGUUUAUGCAUACGAAAUGAACAGCAAAAUUACGACGAAAACUAUGGUAUUUUUGCAGGCUUUUUGAGUAAAUACUUGGAUAUGUUAGGAACUGGUUGUUCUGGAUUACGGUUAAAGAGACAUUGUAGGUUGAUGUACGAAGAGCUCAAGAAAAUGGAUUAUAAAUAUACGAAAAAACUUGGGAAACUUUACAAAGGCUUGUCUAAACUGUAUUCAGAAGAAAUCAAUGGAUAUGCAUCACUGUACCGCCAAGAACUUGAUAAAAAACCGUAUCAUCGUGCCACAUUUAUUAAAACUAUGAAUGAAAUAUUCACUCUCCAAGAACAUAUCCGAUUUGAGGACUACUUACACGAAUUGUACUUUUAUUGCAAUGGAUACAAACUCCUAAUGAAUACAAUAACCAAAAAACUGUUGUCAGAAGUUAUUAUGAAUUCCAUAAAAACACGGCUCAGUAGAAGAGAUCAAAAAAAAUUGGAGAAGACGUUAGAGAUGGCUAUCAGGGAAUAUCGCGAUCUUAAAGUGCAGGAUUUAGUUUUGAAGUAUAACCUGUCUACGUUAAAACCUUUUAUACCAGUCCGAAUGAAUCCCUCACAGUGGGCUUUAUCAUUUGAACUCGAUCUGCUCAAUGACUAA